UCGUCCAUCUACAACAAAAGCGAGUGAGCAAGCUUGCCACCUUGGAUGGAUCAUGGACAAUGUUCAUCCAAAAAUGCGAUUCAGUCUCUCACCACCACCAUCAACCAAGUCCGCUUCCGUCAUAACAUCGCCCACCAAUAUGCAGGCCAAUUACGCACAAAGCAAUUACAAUGAACCACGUGCUUCCGGCGUUGGCGUCCGAAGUGACGAUGAUAUCUCGCCCGCCAAAGCUACGCCAGCAGCAGCAGCGGUCGCUGCAGCGCCAGCUAAGCACGAUGUAGACGAUGAGGCGGCAUCCGACUACAGUCAAUGGUUGCAUGCCAUGAAGCUGGUGGCGCGCUUGCCCGGCGGCAUGCCACCGGAAUUUAGACGCAAGUUGUGGCUAUCGCUGGCAGAUAAAUAUUUAAAAUCGAAAAAUGUAGACUGGGCCAAAGAGGAGGAGAAAUGCUUCUGUGAGAAGUGGCGCGAAGAUGACGAAGAGCUGGGCAUACAAAUUGUCAAGGACUUGCACCGUACCGGCUCGAAUCUGUGCACCGGUCCAGCCGGUUCGAUCAAUCAGGCCAAAUUGAAGCGUAUACUUUUGGGUUAUGCGCGUUACAAUCCGGAAGUCGGUUACUGUCAGGGUUUCAAUAUGCUUGGCGCGCUGAUAUUGCAAGUCAUGGAGAAGGAGGAAGCCGAAUCCAUGAAGGUGAUGAUCUAUUUGGUUGAAGGCGUGUUGCCACCUGGCUACUUUCAUGGUUCCAUGGGUGGCUUGCAGGCCGAUAUGGCGGUAUUUCGCGAACUGAUGCAGACGAAAUUGCCACGUCUGGCAAAACAUUUGCAAAAGCUACAGGGUCCCAGUGAAAACGCCUUCGAGCCGCCGUUAACGAAUGUCUUUACCAUGCAAUGGUUUCUAACGAUGUUCUGCACCUGCUUGCCAAUGAGCUGUGUGCUGCGUGUCUGGGAUCUUGUACUCAUCGAAGGUAGUGACGUGCUGCUACGUACAGCGUUGGUACUAUGGAGCCUGUUAGAAGAUCGCGUGCUGAGCACACGCACAGCCGAUGACUUUUAUGGCAAAAUGGGUUCCUUCUCGAGCGAGUUGCUUAAUGGACAUCUAAUUGAUUCGAAUGGUUUGAUUGAGAAGGUGGUGCAGCUUGGUCCGAUACCGGAUAUACAGAAAUUGCGCGACAAACACCUAUACAACAUAACGCCGCUGCACCACAAGCAAGGAUUACAAUUCUACUACGACGACGAGGAGCCCGGCUCGGAUGAAGAAUCACGUCUGGCUGUCGCCACUGUUUGGGGUAUGCCUUGGGGUCGUCGCGGCUCACAAGGUCAAACUACUAAUGCUACCAAGCAAGUAACCGAGAAUAAAGAGCGUCUUGCUUUGGAUAUUUCACUGCUGAAGAAGCAAUACGAUCGUCUACGCGAGCGUCAACGUCAAGCACACAUUAUUUUAACCACCGCCUGUUCCACAGCCCGCCAGAGCGCUAUCGCCACAACUUCCACACAAUCCAACCAGUCGGUGACUAUGAAUCAAUUACUUUUGGGUCGCCCUGCCAUCGUCACAAACAAAGGUAGACGUCCUCCGCCAGGCGCUAUACCACCCGCGCGUAAGCCAUCUCUGCCUACAGUGCUGCACACAAGACCACCAGAGCGACAAUUGCGUCGCGGGGAGACUUUACACUGGCGUGAUGCCGAUAUAAGUAAACGGCGCAGAGAUAGUCUAACAUGGAAAGAGAUUAAGGCGGAUCGUGCUACACUGUUGCGUGACGGUGUAGACGCGAUACCAAAGUCACAAAAACUUCGUUCGCGUAUCGGUAAAAGCGACUCAUCGUCGUACAGUGAAGAAAGUGAGGAUGACGAUGAAGAGGGCGGCUCGAGUACUGAUACAAGCCUUUGCGAUGAAGAUGAUCCCAAUUCGGGCGCUGAUAAAACACAUUCCUCUUCAAUAGAGAAUAGUCCCAAACGCAGAGCGAAAUCAUCCCGUAAAGCCAAAGAACUCUCUACGAAGUUAGAAGCCUUAAAUGAACCCAGUGAUAGUGAGAAAGAACGUAAACGUCCUAAGUCUUGGGCACCUUCUUCAACUGAAAUUCCUUUCAUGCUUAUGACAUCAGAUUCGCCGACAUACAGUGGUGAUGAGCAAAAAACCGCACGCUCACAUCAUUUUGAGGAAUUAAUAAAGGAGGAGGAAGACAGCUCGACGGAAUGCGAUCGCCUCGGUUAUAAAGGUGCAACUGCAUCAGUGGAUUGGUCUGACACUAAGUUCUCAUCUAUCGCUGGCGAUUUGGCUACCACAAAGCUGGGUGCAUUACACAUUCAAACAGAUGUAUUAGAGUUUCCUGUGAUAACAAGCACAAGUCAGCUUUCUCCGAUGCCAGAUAUAACUGAAUAUCUCAAUGAUUCCAAUAUAAGUCCGUUGCCAACACCGAAACCGCUCUUUCUCGACUCAACCAACUCCCUGGGUAGUGGGGAUGAUGGCGAGGAGGGUAAAAGAUUUGCUGUCAGCGAUGAUGGUGUGACAAAUCAGUAUUUCGAACGUGUCAAUAGUGUAGAGAGACCCACAAAGUUAGACUUGUUUUAUUCGCUUAACGAAGAAGAUGGCAUACGUAGAGGUGAUGAAGAAGUUACUGACCUAGUAGAGGUUGAGAAAAUUAAUAGAACGGUUGAUAGAAACACAGACGUUGUCCGUGAAAAGAGAGUUGCGGAAGAAGGUAUCAAAGAAAYAGAAGCCGCGGAUGCGGACUCGCACAGACGCAUGGAACUAUUAAUGGACUACUCUGAAAAAUCGUCAGCAGCUUUCAUAGCUGAGGCGACUACUGAACUAUCCACAAGUUUAAGACAAGACACAAAUAAGGAUUCCCACGAAGCGGAUGAUUUUUGUAACAAAAUUCAAGUCAAAUUAGAAAGUGAUGGUAUAUCUAGAGGCACAAUUAGAGAUGACAACAUACCUGGCGAAGCUGUUGCACAAUUUGAAGAACAUUCUACAAAAGUUGGAGAACGCAAGGUUCACGAGGACAAGGUGAAAGCAGUAGGUCUUAAGAAAUCAAAUACACUGAGCAGCGCCUAUAGGAAACGACGUGAUCCCAGACGUAUGACGUUAACACGCUCUGCAACUAUCGAAAUUGAGGAACGCUUUCAGGCGCUGGAACGCAGAAUGAGUGAAGAUAGUUUUCGAACAGACAAAGUGAAGAGUAACGGCGAUAUAUUUGUUGAAGACAGCUCAAGAAAAAUACCAACCACAGCUGAGUUGGAGAAAAGGUUGAGCACGCUGGAUAAUGAAAUAAAUAUGGACGCGAAAGUGAAGAAAAGGUUUGCAGAAUGUAGCGAAAUUAGAGAUUUGUCUAAACACAAAUCCAAAGAACUAACGAACAGCCCUUUUACAGAAUCAAAACCAGUAGAAGAUUCAAGCAAAAGCUUGAAUGAAAAUUCCAAAAUAGCAGAUUUAGAAGUUAAGCCCCUCGAUACCGACAUUAACAAACGUAUACCUGUGAUUGUAAACUCUCACAAAACACCUGACGAGCCCAAACGAGCCAGUAAUCACAUACCUUCAACCACGGAACUGGAAGAUCGCUAUAAUGCUUUGGAGAGACAGUUAAGCUCGAAUGGUUUGCCAAGCAAAAGCUCAAUGGAUUUGCAACGAGAUGAUAAAGCAGAUGGCAGUAAGGACAUACCAACUCCACCCAAUACGCCAACUGAAAGUAGGAAGCAACAUUUAGAGAAAGGUGAGAGCCAAAAGAAACUUAAAAAUGAAAUUGAGGUAGAUGCAGAUUUGGACAAAGAACAGGAAACUAGGGAAACUGAAAAACCGCCGUUAAGAAAAUUGCCGUCUACUGCCGAACUGGAAGACCGAUUCAAUGCGCUUGAACGAAGAAUGAGCACACAGAAAUCAAGUCCCCGCAAAACGAAAAAGGAGCCACCUGACGAAGCCGAUGUUGAAGAAAGGAGGGACACAAAAAAGAAACCUAUAGAUGCAGAUAGCGAAGUUGAAAGUGCAAUUAUAGAAAAUCAAAAAAGUCCUAGUGAGGAAGGUAUAGGAACAAACGAAGUUAAAGAAAACAUACACACAGCCGAACAAGCUGAAUUAGAGACGAAGAGGGGUACCAAAACUGAAGAUGAAGGUGCAAAAUCAAAUGCACAGAGUGAAGAAGAAAAUACACUUGAGGAAGAAAAUGUAAAACGUACAAUAUAUAAUGAGGCAAAGUGCCCAAGGAAAAAUUCCGAAGGCGAAGGUAAACAAGUUAGCGAUGUAGAAGGUUCGGGUCACUAUGACAAUUGUCAGGUAGACACUAGAGCUUCUACUAAAACUACAAAACCAGAAAUCGAUGCAAAAAAGGUAAAUGACACUAAUAAAUUAGAAAAUCAAUCAAAAGAACUUGAGGGUGAACACAAAAAGUUUGUAGAAGAAAGCAAAAGCGAAGCAAAAAAUGCGAGGAAAAAAUCGCCACCCAGUACGGAGGAGCUUGAAAAGCGCUUUAAUGCUUUAGAAAAACAAAUGAGUAGUACUAGCUUGGUGAGUAGCAAAGAAAAGAAAAGCUCAACAGAAAAUACAAAAACCCAGGAAAAUAAGAAUAAAGAGAGUUCACACAAAUCUGCAGAGACUGUACAAGAAAAGAAAAGCUCAAAGCCAACUGAAAAUUUUCAGACAAAGUCAGAGGUAAAAGAAAAUCCACCAAAAACAGAAAAGUUUGUUGUGGAAAAGUCUAACAAAGAAUCGAAAGUGUCAACAGAAUCUGAAAAAGCAAAGUCCAAAAAUAUCGAGGAGAAGAAAACUGCAACACAGUCCGAACAACCGAAGACACAAAUUCAAUUAGGGCAAAGCAAAGGUAUACCAAAUUCCGAACCAACACGUGAUAUUAACGCAAUCAAAACCUUUGAGGAAAAGUGUAAGCAAGUCAACAGAGAGUUAACUGAGCAGGAUAGGGCUAACGUCGAAGAAACACAAAAAAAAGUAAAGACACCAGAUCCUACGCUAAUUGAGGCCUUUAAUGAAAAAGUUAAAGAGGUCAACGAAGAAUUAACGAAAUCCGCUGAACCGAUAGAAGUCCAACCAGAAGCUGAAAAAAGUAGCAAGGCUCUUAAUGUGAUAAGCAAACGUCGCGCUUCUGAACCGCCAUCUACAGAAGACUUAGAGAAACGUUAUGAAUCCUUAAAAAGGCGAAUGAGCACCAAAUCAAUAGCUGAAAAAGAACACGACGUAAAAGGAAAAUCUGAAACAGUUGUAGAGGAAGAGCCACAAGAAUCACCAGAAGUAAGGGUUAUCACUAAGGAGGCGAAAAGAAAAUCUGCAGAACCGCCAAGCACUGAAGACUUGGAGAGUCGAUACGAGGCAUUACAACGGCGAACAAGUGAACAGAACGCACAAAAAGUCGAUAAGGAACACGAAACGGCAACAGGGAAGCGAGGAGAGAAAGCAACAUAUGAAAAGACAACAAAAACCACGGAUAAAGAGAAACUGACAAAUGCACAAGAUGAUGAACAAAAUACCGCAAUAGAAGAUACCAAGGUUUCUCCUCACAUACCCGUUGCUCCACCUAUGCCAUUAAGAGAUUCAACAGAAACAUUAUUCAAUGAUGAACAACACCGCGCGCUCAUAGAGGAGUUCCAGAGUAAAAUUAAGGUACAGCCCAAUGGUGAAAAUCUAAAACCGAGCGAAAUUAAUCCAAAUCGCCGAAUAAUACCAGACCGACAACGAGCAUCACCGUUCGAUGGAACCUCGGAAGCACAUGCAAACACCGCUUUCUUUAGAUCGGAGAAUUACGAACCCUGGUACCAUCAAUCAUACAAUAUGGUUCGUCGUUUCUCCGAUUUACCAUCAAGAGCUGAUCUUGAGAAUCGCUUACAAUUUUUGGAAAGACAAUUGAUUAUGAAAUUCUACAAGCAGCGCUGUGCAAGUGAUUCCGAAGUGGCAUCGAGGAAACAAUUCGCCGAUUUGAAGAGUCAGUCGGCAGACAACGAAGUACCCACCACAUCCACGCGCUCUCAACAGCAAACAGGCGAUGAUUUGGAGAGGCGUGUGUUAGCGCUGGAAAAGCAGUAUAGUGAAAAUAGUCUCAAAUUGCUAGAAGCUGUACGAAUAAAGGAACAGCAAGCAGCUGUUGAGACAGACUCACCACGGCGGCUCAGCACGGAGACUGUUGAUGCGACCGGUAAAGAGCUCGUGCGUUAUGUCGGUGAACUCGAAGACUCUGGUGCUCUCAAACCGAUCAAUAUAAGUAUUAAUAUUAAAAUGAUGCUCAAGCGAAAUGAGGACACUGACUCGAGUACUAAGCCCAAAGAUAACCUACCGACAGCAGCCGAAUUAGAGAAGCGACUCGAAGUGCUAGAACAGCAACUUAAGUUGUCCAGGUCACGACGUGAGGGUAGCAUCGACCAAUCCAAUGCUGACGCAACGCAGGAAUUGAAGAAAUCCGUAGAGAUAUCAGAUAAAGCCGUACCUAAAGAAAAGGCCAAUGUUGAAGUUUUAAAAGAGACGCCUGAAAUUAAAAAGGUUGUAAAAGAAGUGUUAAAUGAGGAAUGUAAAAGUGACAAUAAAGUAGCAGAGAAUAUAAGUAGCAAGAAAGACGUCAAGGAAAAGAGCCAAGUAGCAGCUAACGACACAGAGAGUGUAAGUAAUAAGAAAGAUGACAAAGAGAAGAGUCAGAUAAAAACUUGCGCUUCAGAAAAUGAAUGUAAGAAGAAAGAAGAUAGAGAAAAGGCUCAGAUAAACACUGAUACUUCAAAAGCUGAGAAGACAUUAGAGAAUCAACAAAUUGCGCGUUCAAAUAAAGAAUGUAUUGAUAAUAAGGGAAAAACAAAUGAUAGAGAUACAAGCAAUAUGAACUCAAUACUUCAGCAAGUUGACGCACACCCGGACAAUAAGAUGCAGAGAUUGCCAAAAGAGAAAAAAUCAACCGAGGAACGCGUUCGAGAGAAAGACGUAAAGGACGCAAAGGAGGUACAGCACGAGAGCAGUAAGGAAACAGAAAAAGUUAAAGAGCACUCAGCGAUGGAAAAAGAUUCCAACAAAGAAAAACAAGAUGAUAGUCAAAUUCCAAAGGAAGGAAUUGAAAAUUGUGAAACUAUGGAGUGUAUGGGCACUCCCACACAAACUGCCAUACAAGUUGGAACAUCCGAUCCCAACAAUAAAACGAUGGUAUUGCUACUCGAUAAUGAACCAAAAGCUGUUAAAGUUCGACGAUUGACACGCGCUAACACAGAGGAGUUAGAAAACCUGUUUCAGGCGCUCGAAAAACAGUUAAGUGAUCGCAAUCUUAUUAAAUCCGGGGAUGGUAAACUGAUGCGAGCUGGCGAAAAGCCGGAUGUGGCAACGUCAGAAGAAUCUAAAGCGAUAACUCAACUCUCCAAGGAAAUAGAAGAUUUUACCAAAUCAGAUAAAUCAGCAAAAGAAGAUGAAACGACGCCCAAAAAAGUGGCUGACGUAUCCAAAACUCCGACUGAGGACUAUGAUUGGGGAACGGACCCCGUAAAACGACAUUUGAAACGUAAAACAGCACAUCUUCCAUCAACCAAAGAGUUAGAAGCGCGUUUCCGAUCACUGGAGCGACAAAUCAAAUUGCUUGAAGAUGUGGAAAAAAUCGACGUCGAGCAACGUUUAAAUGAAAUUGAGCGCAAAAUCAAAAUGCAGUACUCACUGUCGCACGAAAAAGAUUUAACGAAGUUCUUAGAGCUCUGUGAAGGUAAGAACCUGGACGAACUGCCUGAAGCUAUAUCAGCUGCACGUGAUAGAUAUCAGUCAGACGAAGGCAAUGCUGCUAGAACACCGACACCUAAGAAAGGUCGUUCACCAUAUACUUCUCCUUCGCGAAAUAAAGAAAAGACACCUUACACAUCACCUGCGCACACACCGCGUGAAUCCCGAAGUCCCAAAAGACAUACCUCGCCCGGGCGUGUUAGAUAUGAAGACAUGAAUGUAUCAGGUAGCAAAAGUCCCAAACGUCGUGCGUCGCCUGGACAUGUUCGGUAUGAAGAUUCAAAUAUACCAUCGACAGAAGAUCUUGAAUAUCGUUUUAGAGCUUUGGAAUUGCCCAGAUCCAAAUCGCGAGAAUCGUUGAAUAGCAAAUCACAAAGAAAUGUCGGAGAUUCCAAAAAAUCACUUAUACAUCCAUUGGAAAUGUUGCUCGAUCCCAGUCCUGACGAGGAUGCCAUACCAACAACCGGCGAACUGGAGCACCGAAUACGUGUAUUGGAUGAUAAAAGAAAAACAUCUUCACCUUCUCGACGACCCCGUUCACGCUCGCCAACCAUUGAAGAUAUCAAAAAUAGAAAAUUAGCUGAAGAACAGCAAUCGCGCACACCAAUACAUAAUUUGGAAAAGCUUGUCGCUUCACCAACUAAAAGAGAAUUGCCUACCGCUGAAGAGUUAGAAGCUCGUAUGCGUGCACUAGAAGAAGAGCAUUGCUUCGACUUUAAAAUGCAGAAAUCAUACCAGGAAUUCAAUCGAAAAUUAAAGGAUGCCGUUUCCCCAUCACUUUCCUUUGAAGAAUACAAGACAUCAAAAUCACGCGAAGAAAGUCCAAGACGUGGCGAAGCUAAUCGCUCAACGACACCAAAAUCUGCGCUACGAGACACCGCCAGCAGUUAUGAGGAUGGACCAUAUCGAUCAACCAGUCCCAAGGCCAUACGAUUCCGUGACGAAGAAGCUGAUUAUGUGCCCUGUAUGCCGUAUAGGCCCAAAUCGCGUACUGAUAUACGUGAUGUCACUGGACGAAUGACUCUUACAGAUUCAUGCAGCAGCAUAAACGCUAUCGGGCACACGACGGAAGGACUUGAUGAGUUCGGUAGUCGACUUAUGAGGGAGACUUCACCACUACAACGUACCGGCAGUCACACCGGGGUACCGCUGCGUACAAAUGACAAUAUCAACGAGCGUCUGGAUUCCAUAAAAAAUACGAUCAAGUCCAUCGACACGUUGUGUGAAGAGAAACCAUAUCGUAAAGAACGUUGUCAGCGAUACAUUGAUUCACUAUUUUCCGACUCGAUACACUUCGCCAGCAAGAAGACCUCGCUAGAAGAUCUCUCACGUUCCGAGAGCCGUGCGCACGAAUAUGGGCCCUCCAUACGUGUCUCAGAUCACAGCCAAAGGCAUUCGGACUAUUUAUAUGGACGUACGACGGGUUCGGCGGACUCGAUACGUUCGACGAGUCCAUUGCGCGCUGCCAGUCCAUUGCAUCAUCGCUCAAAUCGGGAUAUACGACGUGAAAUUUCACCACGCCGACGACGCGAGGAAGAGCGCGCAGAAUACGAGAGUAGGGUAAGACGUGAAAAUAUGUUGCCAAAUUAUUAUUUAUUUGAUAAUCAUAGAGAUGUAAGUAGUAGUAGUUUAAUUAAGUUUCAUAAAGUAGAUAGACAACUAGACACAUACAAAUAUGAUGAUAGAGACAGAUCAAGUUCACGAUCGCCGUUGAGAUCGCCGUAUGGAUCGAGGGAGACGUUGAUGACGACAGAAAAGAUGUUGCACGACAACACCAAAGCCAGCACACUACAACACAACACUAACACCAACCACAGCUGUCACAACAACGACCGCUACAAAACAAAAACACUAAACGUUAAAAAUUUCGAAUUGGAUUUGGACAGACAGCAAGCGUAUACAAUGCAUCAUCACACUACAGACAAGCUACUGGGUCUCGAUCCACUUAAACGCUCCACUACGCCCGUCUAUGCGCCCGGACGACUCGAUAUACGUCACACCACCGUAACAUCGACCUUCUACGAUCGCUUAUUGGCGGAGAAAGAGAUUGAGCGAAAAUUUUCUCGGCCAUCUAGUCGUUCGCCCAUCGUUUCACCGUCGGUUACGUCGAAAAGUUAUGUCGACUUGGCCAGUACCAGCGCCAAAGCUCUAUAUCAAGACAAAUCUCCCACAGCUGCCGUAACAAUGCGUCUAGAUAGGUCCACUGGCUUAUCCAGCUACUGCAAUACAGAAAAAACACAACACUAUCGUAAUUCGAUGACCGGCAGUUAUCCGAGUAGCGCUUUUAACGUCACCAACCAAACAAACCUUUCGAACAGCAACACGACUACCCCGAAAUUUUGUACCAACACCGACACCCAUACCAACAUCACCAUCACCAACAAUUGUACUACUGUUACACUAAAUUCGGCCACAACAAGCACAGCUGGGGUAGGGUGUAUGAGUGACAGCGCGUCAACGACUACAACAACAGCAAUAACUGCAAAUACGACAUGUACGCCGACGACAACGACUGAGAUCACGACCAAUUAUCGAAUUGGUGGUCUGAGCGGUAAUACAACUAACUACACCACUAACUUCACCUCAACACCAGUUACAGCAACAGCAACAACCACAACAAUUACCAAUUUUUCCUUCUCCUCUAUGAACAUCACAAAUACGCCUAUAACUACAACAACAACAGCAACAGUAUCAAACUUGAACUUCAAGCAUAGUAUCACAGCUCUGGACAGAUCAGCAACAACAACAAUACCAACAACUACAUUAUUUAGUACUGAAACAACGACAAUGACGACAACAACAACAGCAAAUGCUUACAAUUUGUAUAAUCUGACGACGAUGACGACGAUGACGACGACGACGACAGCUAUGACCACAACAAGAACAACAACAAACACCACAGCUGUUGGCAGUGAAAACACCAACAAAUUCAUCACAAAUAAUUCGUCUCCAUCAUUUCUGUCCUAUAACGCGACUAGUGGCGGCAACCUAUACACGAGUAAUACACCUCUGGGUAUGGCUCUACCAACAAUGCAACCAACUUCCGUUACAACAACAUUCGCCUCAUUGGGCCUUUACACUAGUAAUUUAAAUAGCUACAACAAUAAUAACAACAACGUUGGCAGCAACAACAGCAACACAAAAAUUUGAAUGAAAUGAAGAAAAAAAUCUGUGAAGACCCUUGGAGUUAACCGUGCUGCCUAAAUUUAUAAAAAAGCAAAAUGAGAAAAAACCGAAAACAUAAACAAGUGCGUGUAGUGUGUAGUGUAGGGAAGCAAGAAAGUGCUGAAUGCUGUGUGUCUGUGGUUGAAUUGAGCGAAGAUAUCUCGUUAACAAGUUUUUAGCGGUGGAGCAAAGUAAGAUAGAAAUUAUAUUUACAUACAUACAUACAAACAUAAAAGUAGUUAUACAUACGUAUACUGUAGUGCGAAGGGACUUGUAAUCAAAUCUAGGUUCGGAAAAUCAAUAGAGAGCGUUUAUUUAUUAUAUUUGUAGCGGUAAGUUAGGGCCAAUAAUAUCUCAAUAAUUAGCGCAAUCGGAAUUGGAUAACUCAAGCGGAAAACUCCACGAAGAAGAAACUAACACCUCUUAGCGAUCCUAGUUUCCCUACCCAGUUUCCUGGGAUAAAGGACUCAAGACAAGACUCAGAAACUAAAGAAUAAAUAAGUACAUUUAGGAACCGUUCAGUACUUUCGAAGAAGCAUUUUCCAAAAGUGGGCUAAAAUCAUCAUAUGAUACGAUAUUGCGAGCACCCAAACUUAAUUAGUUUCAGGCAAAGUGUUAGUUUGCAAAUAUGUGACCAACAAGACUCACAGGGUUACAACGAUCUUUCAAAUGUUCGAUGAAUCUCAGGCUCGGUGAUUUUUUCCCAAAUGUAUUCUGUUGAAAUCUACCGGGAAAAUAUACCUUGUUGUCUGAUCCGGAGAACAAGUUAGAAAAGGAAAGACUUCAAACUCAAAUCAUGCAUUUCGUCUUUGUUGUCAUUGAUGAAACAGUGCUAUGUUCCCUUUCGAAUAAGAUCAUUGUCUGUCUUUUGAAGAUAUUCGAUAAAAAAUUAUCGAUUGAGCAUUCGAAAAUAUGGGGCUAACAUCUGCUACUUGGAAUUUGGCUCAGAUUUUCAAAUGAUUUUUAAUUAAAGUGAAGUGAAAUUAAGGGGUUACCAUUUAUUUCAUUCGUUGUCUUAUAUAACCCCAAAAUUUUUGGUUUAACCGCUCCACACAGCAACACGAAACUUCAACUGUGUGGUCUUCUCGAAUAUUCUGUUCGUUUUCAAACUCAUUCGCUCCUUUUUUGUUUGAGUUAUCCGCUUUCGGUUGUAAAUAGAAUGUUUGCACUCAUACAAAUUCAGUAGCUUAACCCGCGUACAUGAAUAAUCGCCUUGCACGAGUUUUAGGGGAGUAACCGCUUUUUAAAUAUAUGUAUGUAGGUAAGGCAACUAUGAUUGAUACGACAUAUAAACGAGAAAAGUUUGCUUGUAAAACAAAGAGUAGUGGCAAAAAAAAAAGGUUUUAAAAAUGAGCGACAUUAAUAAGUCUCUUGUUAUCAGAGGUUUCAAUAUUUAAAACAAAUGUGUCAAUUUGAUGUACCCUUCAUAGAAUUUUAACUAAUUUGAA